UGCCCCAAUUAUAAGUUUUCAUUUGUCGGAUACGGAAUGUCUGAGCUUAAGCUACUAACAAUUUGCUGGAGCUGUCUGCUUCUGGUUUCAAUCGCCGGAGCAAAGGCCUCUCCGGCUUGGUCACUGCCCACACCUGAGAAUGUUUACGAGGAUCUGGAAACCUGCCGCCAAGAUGCCCAGGAAGACGAUCCAUCAAUUUUACGAUGUCUGGUUGAAAAACUAGGACUCUGGACCGACGUGGCGGGCUACGAUGCCAAACGGAUAGCCAAGAUAUUUGCUAGCCACAAUCAAGCGGAGGAAUUAAUGCUGGUGGUCCACUAUUGCAACAACAAGGAGCGAAGGAUAAGGGAUCCCAGUAAUUGGGCCUUCGAGGCCUACAAGUGCGCCACUGCGGGACAAUUCGGUCGUUGGGUGAAGGACUAUAUGAAGGAAAAAGGAAAUUAGCAAUACUAUUUAUUCCCUAACUUAGUUUAAGCUUGACUCACUUUUCUAAUAUAUGUUUCUAGUUGUAACACCAAAAACCGUAACUGAUAAAAAUAAAAUUUUAUAAGGAA